AUGAUACUCAGAUCGGAUUCUAGUGAUUCGUGUGCACUUGAGCAAGAAGAAGGUCGAGUGACGCUCUACUUACGGAGAGAUGUUGCCAAUAUUGAUUAUUAUGAAAUAGCUCGUGCACUUACUCGAUUUGUUUUUAUAAAUCCAAAUGAAACUAUUUUCUAUGCAAUUUACGAUAAACUUGCACCUCCACUAGAAGUAUUCAAACGACGUGAUAUUCCUAUUGAUCACUUACUCAAACAUGUCGAACUUCAACAAUAAUCGAAUGCAAAUAAGAAUAGCAUCCAUUGGCCGAAAUCAACGGUUUCUUCAUCAAAAUCUAAUUCUGAUUUGAUAUCACAAGUACUUGAUGGUGCUCCAGCUACUAAUUUUUUUCAAGUUUCAAUCAAAGCAGAGUUAGCUAUCAAUGACAAAGAUGUUUUCGAACUAUCUAAUGAAUCAACACCAGGCACAAUAUUAAUUUCAACAUCAACAAAUGUUGCUGUUGCAUGGGCUUUUAAUUAUCAUUUGAAAUAUAUAGCAAAUAGUUCUGAUAUUAUAUAA